ACAGCGGCUUUCCCCCUUCUAGGGCGCUUCCGCUAUUUCUGGGCAGGGUGAAGCAACGCCGCCGCAGUCCCUGCCCGCCCGGGGGUGAGCGCUCCGAUCCCGUCCCGUCCCGUCGCGGUGCCCAUCCCGCGCUACCAUGGCCGGCCGCCUGCUGCUCCUGCUGCUCUGCGCGGCGCUGCCGGACGAGCUCCGGGCUGAAGGAGGCGUGUUCAUCAAGAAAGAAAGUGCCGACAAAUUCUUGGAAAGAACAAAACGUGCCAACUCUUUUUUGGAAGAAAUUAAGCAAGGCAAUAUUGAAAGAGAAUGCAAUGAGGAGCGCUGCUCAAAAGAAGAGGCAAGAGAAGCCUUUGAAGACCAGGAGAAAACUGAGGAAUUCUGGAAUAUCUAUGUAGAUGGUGACCAGUGCAGCUCAAAUCCUUGUCACUAUGGUGGACAUUGUAAAGAUGGACUUGGUUCCUACACUUGCUCCUGUUUGGAUGGUUAUCAAGGCAAGAACUGUGAAUUUGUCAUACCGAAGUACUGCAAAAUAAACAAUGGUGACUGUGAGCAGUUCUGCAGCAUCAAAAAAAGUGCGCAGAAAGAUGUUAUGUGUUCCUGUACAAGUGGGUAUGAGCUGGCAGAAGAUGGCAAACAGUGUGUUUCAAAAGUAAAGUACCCAUGUGGAAAAGUUUUUGUGAAAAGAAGUAAAAGAUCGGUCAUUUUACCCAGUGAUAGUAGUACCAAUGUAACUAGUGAUCAAGAUAUCCCCUCCACAAAUGGAUCAAGUCUGGAGAAGGACUUCUUUACUACCACAGAAAGCCCAACCCCGCCUCCUCGCAACAGAUCGAGUAGCAAAGUUCCAUAUGUCGAUACCAGGAUAGUAGGUGGGGAUGAGUGUCGUCUUGGUGAAUGCCCAUGGCAGGCCGUUCUGAUAAAUGAGAAAGACGAGGAGUUUUGUGGUGGAACUAUUUUGAAUGAAGAUUUCAUCCUCACUGCUGCUCAUUGCAUAAACCAAUCCAAAGAGAUCAAAGUUGUUGUUGGUGAAGUGGAUAGAGAAAAGGAAGAACAUUCUGAAACAAUGCAUACUGCAGAAAAAAUAUUUGUUCACUCGAAGUACAUCGCCGAGACUUACGAUAAUGACAUAGCCCUGAUAAAGCUGAAGGAACCUAUACAGUUUUCUGAGUAUGUUGUCCCAGCAUGCCUCCCACAAGCAGACUUUGCUAAUGAAGUGCUGAUGAACCAAAAGUCUGGGAUGGUUAGCGGCUUCGGGCGUGAAUUUGAAGCUGGACGACUUUCCAAAAAACUGAAAGUGCUUCAAGUCCCCUAUGUUGAUAGGAGCACUUGCAAGCAGUCCACUAACUUCGCGAUAACAGAGAACAUGUUCUGUGCUGGUUAUGAAACAGAGCAAAAAGAUGCUUGUCAAGGAGACAGUGGAGGCCCUCAUGUAACCAGAUAUAAGGAUACUUACUUUGUUACUGGAAUUGUUAGCUGGGGAGAAGGAUGUGCAAGGAAGGGCAAAUAUGGUAUCUAUACCAAACUGUCCAGGUUCUUACGUUGGGUAAGGACGGUCAUGAGACAAAAGUAGUAGUGGUGUGGCUCUCAAUCCUCCCGUUAGGAAAAAAAGGUGCAGUUUCUAUAAUGGAAAUGUCACAGAAUCACAGAAUUGUAGGGGCUGGAAGGGACCUCUAGAGAUCAUCUACUCCAACCCCCUUGCCAAAGCAGGCUCCCUAGACCAGGUUUUAUUCUAUUUUAUUAUUUUUUUAGCCGUAUCUGCUAAACUUGUUUUGAAAGCUGGUUUCCUGAAGUUAUGGUGCUGCUUCUUUUUUUUUCUUUCUUUUUUUUCUUGACUUUAAGCGUGUAUAUGCAGUCUGCUGGUGUUGUUUUGAGUUUGUACAAUAAGGGGCUUUCACCAAACAAAAUUCCUGCUCAUUGGUGUCUUCUGGUUGCUUGUUUGGUUAUUUUUAUAUUGUCAUUUGGUUCCUGCCUGUUUGCCCAAGUGAUUCCACCAGUGGGUCCUGGACAUAAUAAUGGAAGUGGGAAGGCCGGGACUUCAGUCAGUCCGCCUACUGCAGCCCACUGGCUCAGUAGGGAGUUUUUUUUUUUUGUAGAGCUUUUUAGCUUCUACCUGUGGAUGUCUAUAGAAGUUAAAGGGAGCAGGGAAGCUUCCUUGGCCAAAGCUGAGACACAAAUAAGCAUUCAGUUGCUAAAUAACCACAUUCCACAAAACUUCCCACUUCCCACAGCAACUAAAUGAAGUGUUGUAUUGCUUUAUAUGGUUGUACUUCACUCUAGUUUAAUUUGAGCACUUAUCUUCUGCUCCUUCAAAAAAAAAAAAUCUAUAUGUUCAAUGUUUCCUGUAUCAUAUUCUGGAUUGUGCAUGGCUGAGGAUCGGUGAGGUCCUUCUGUGUGUAGUAAGAUGUAUUAUCAGUGUACAUUCUUCAUUUGAAA